GGAAGCACUCAUGACUGGCAUCAUGUUCCGUUUUGUCGGCGAUAUUUAGCUGUGGAAUAUGUAAGCCCUUUCUCUCGGCCUCUGGUGUUCAUUACUGUGAGCAGGAAAUAAAAUGUGUAAAAGCGUCUCUUGCUCAUGAGCCUCGGCUAGGCUACUCCCAGCCUGUCAGGAAUCCUCUUAAAAAAUGUGGCAAAAUGUGGCAGUAGCCAUGACACUUUUCGUGGUUACAGCGGGGGAUGUGGUACCCAGUGGCUGCCAGAAGCAGCACGAUAUCGAAACGGACACUUCAAAAUUAAAAUGCCUAGAACCGAACAUUGACGAUAUACUUAACUACCUGGUAAAUACGACAGACGACAAUUUCAUAGCUAUCGAUAUUUUCGGCUGCAAAUCGGGAGAGACUAACAAAGGAAGUAUAAAGCUCAACUCUACCAUAUUCGAAGGCCAUCCAGGUUUGGUGAACUUGUCGUUCGAACUAUGCGAAAUCAAGCACAUUAACGCAGGGACAUUUAAGUCAUUGAAGAAGCUGCGUAACUUGGACCUCAGCGGGAAUGAUCUAGGUUGGGGAGAACUUCUUCAGCAGGCAUUCUCUGGGCUUGAACAGUUAGAAACCUUGAACUUGGACUAUAACGAUCUGCAGACUAAGGAGUUACAAGAGAAUACAUUUACCGGUUUGCUGGCUCUGAGGAAUCUGUCGCUGAAUGGCAACCACCUGCACUCAUUCGUUCCCGGCCUGAACCAGCCAAGGCUCGGACUAGUCCUCUCUAAUAACUGGCUUUCGACUGCAACACUCAGUGGUGGUUCUACAACCACCGUAUGUCUGGUCGAUUAUACCAAGUCUGGCAUAACAUCCCUGACGAAUGAUAAUCUAAAAAAUAUCAAGUGUAAUGAUCCUGAUGGGGUAUCCCUGAUAUUCAGGUGGAACGCUUUCACAUCGUUUGACGCCAACAUGUUUGAAGGUUUAGGAAGCUUCAAGGAACUUGAUUUCUCCGGAGUGACGAUGCAACCAGCCUUGAUCAAAAGUCUCGUUACGGCCAUCAAAGGUCGAAAGGUCGCAACCCUUAGGUUAGCAAGGACCCUUUGGACCCGAGAGAAUCUCGAUGUCCUCAACGCAAGUGCUAUUGAUUAUCUAGACUUGAGCAAUAACAUCAUUACCUUUUCUGGAGCUGCUGAAACAAGAUCAUUGUCAAAACUUAAGAGCGUACGAUUCUUAGACCUUUCAUAUAAUGGCGUGGUAAGCUCAAUCGUAUUUGAAAUCCCAAUGCCAAACCUGCGUUACUUGGAUCUAAGUGGCACUACCAUCCCACUUUCACCAGAUUCUCUCAGCUUCGAGAAGAAUUUGGCCCUUCAGAACCUCGAAACACUGAAACUCUUCAGAUCAUUCAUUGGUGAAUGUUCUGUACCCAAGAAAGAUUUCUCAAGCCUUUCCUGGUUCCACGGAUUAAACAACAUCAGAGAACUCUCCCUGGACAACAACUUGCGGCUGUUCCGUUGCUUCAAUGAACAGUACUUCUUGGGUUUCUUCAAAGGGCUAACAAACCUACAGAACCUGUCUCUUUCGUGGACCGAUUUUGGUGAAAUGGAUCCUUCGAUGCCUGGCUUUGCAAAUAUUUUCGCUGAUCAAGCCAACACCAUUCGUCACCUUAAUUUCCUCGGGGGGUUUAUAACACAUCGUCAUAUUUCAGCAGGUUUGAUUAAAAACCUCCGCAAUCUCACUCACCUGAACUUCCAGUCAAAUGAGAUUGGAUACUUAUUCUCAGCAUGGUUUGAAAACCUGAAUAACCUGAAGUUCCUAAACCUGCACGACAAUAAGAUUACUACAGUGGUCGGUACCAAUGGAAGGUUCUUUCCACAAAGCCUCUCACAACUUUUGAUAGGCCAGAAUGCUUUCGCGUGUGAUUGUCAGCUGAGGUUGUUCGCAGAGUGGCUCCAUGGAUUGAACGACGACUCACAGAUGAAGGUGAGUGAUAUGGACAAAGCAGUCUGUUUAACGCCCAUUGAGUAUUACGGCAAAAACUUGAGAAUUGAGGACUUUCCCAGUAGUGGAUUUGUCUGUAGUCACGGCAUUGAGUUAACGUCUGCUGCCGCCGCAUUAGUGCUAAUUACUGUAAUUGUUACACUCUGUUGUUGUUUUCACGAUGAUCUUAAGUACAUCAUGGCUAUAAGGAGGCUGCAUCGUGCUGGAGGAUCCGAUGACCGUAGGCCUCUCUUGCCCCGCGGAAGUGUCAAACUGAUCUACGAUGUCCGAGAUGACACUGACCGGCAAUGGAUCAAUACGAACAUUGGGAACAUCGCCGACUGCAGAGACUUCAACAUUACAGUAAAUCACCCAGAUGAUAUCCAUGUACCCGGUGAAGAAAGGAGAAACCCACUGUCCCAGCAAAUUCGUGAUUUUCGUAACCAGUGCUACUGUACGCUCCUCCUCGUCUCAAACCACUUCAAACAGGAUCUCUGGCAUGAGGUGUUCGCCAAUCUUACCAGGCAGGAGAUACAUAACAUUCGAUUCAUCCUCGUCCUCAUUAAUGAUAUCCGCCUGCGAGAUUUGCCACGAGAACUAAAAGCGCUUGCGAAGCAGCGGCCAUGUUUUAAAUGGCCGACUGUGACUGAUGGUGGAUGCUGUGGGGGAUCCUUGCGCAGACGACGCCAGCUCUUCUGGAGGCAGUUGAUACUUGCGCUACUUCCAAGACGCUAGUUGACGGCGUUAUAUAGGUGGGAAAUUCUAAACAACCAUGUUUGCUCUUUGUGGAAAAGUUGCUCGUGACCGGCGUGAAUUUCCGCACGUCUAAC